CAGUCUUGUCAGUACGUUUGAAGAUUACUUUUAAUCAGAGCAAAAUGACACUUUUUCCUUAUAAGAUUCACUAUCUAGUAAUCUAUCAUCUAAUUAAUUUAACAUCAAAGUGGAUUGGAUAAAUUGUUACCAACAUCUUCACUAUCUUCAUCAUUAUCAUCAUCAUGUCAGUUUCUUUAAAAGCUAAACCUCAGCUAAUGCAAAAAAUUGAAAAAGCUUUCAAUGACACACUAUACAAGGAUGCAAUCGAAACAUCAUCAAAUUAUAACAAUAGGCUAAUAGCUGAAAGAGCAAGCCGGCUGCCAUUCAUUGAUUUACAAACUGGUGUUGCUCAAAAUAAUUGCACUCUAUGGAUGAAUCGAUGGGAACGGAUGCCUGGUCACAAUCAAGGUCAAAUAUACAGUUAUCCAACUCGUCGAUGGCGUAAAAUUAGGCGAAGUUACCUGCUCAAUGAUAUCUUUUCAAACAAAAUCAACCUUGAAUGUAAUGUUAGUGAUAAAAAUGAAGUAAUUGGAGCAUCAAGUGGGAACAGUAAUGACAAUUGUGCAAUAGACUAUCCAACUGAGUUGGAAAAUGCUGAUUCUUGUGAAAAAUAUGACCCUAGCAAGGAUAAUUCAGGAGAACCAGAAGAAUCACUACCUGAUAUUAGUGAACUCGCUGAUAUUGAUGAUCCCGAUACUGAAGAAGAUGAUGAUAAUACUCCAGGAACUAAGAAGAAAACGAGAAAAAAAUAUGCCAAAAGGAAAAAAGCCAGUGAAUAUACAGAUGCUGAGAAACCAUAUAUCUGUGAUUUAUGUGGAAUCAAAUAUAAAACUAGGCCUGGGCUCUCCUACCAUUACGCUCAUUCUCAUGCUAAUUCCAAUGGAGAAUCCUCUAGUGGGUCGUCGAAUGGACAAACUGCCCAGAAUGAUUAUACCUCAUCUAGAGGAAAAAGUGGUAUGGAUGACAUGAAAACCAGAUCUUUAGUAAUUAUUCCUAGCCAAUCUCGUCCAGGAAUAUCCGAUCCUCAAUCGUUACCUAGUUAUCAGGGGCACAUAGGUAACUCGCAUUUUCGUGAAAAAAUUAAUCCGACAGCAUCGAGCUUAAACGAUCAAAGAUCUUUACCCAUCAACUAUCAACUAAAUCAACAACCAAAUUUUGUUUUAUCACCAAAAUACUCCACUACAGGAAAGUCAUCGACUAACAUUAACCAUGACUCUGAUGAGGGUGCGUUGGAGAUAUCAAAUUUAUCAUCAAAUUGUAGAAAUAUUCUGUGGCCUUUAUAUGAUCCACUUUUCUCGUCUGCAUGAAAUAUUUUUUUGACCAUUGACCAAAAUAAAUAAUUGCCUGAUUUUAUAA